GUCCGAAUGCUUCAACCUCAACUCAUACCUCGUUUGAAAACACGAACUUGAUUUUUCCUUCGCUUUGAUAGCAAUCCAUCACGAUGAAGAACUUGAGGGUUCUUACUUCCCUGAUCGGCCUGGCCGCAGUCUCAUCUGCUGUCAGCAUCGGUACUUCGAACCUGGAAGUUCGUGAAGACCCCGAUGAUCUUCUCAUCUUUGUCUGCAACGAUGGCUUGGACGAAAUAUGCACGAACAUGUGUUACGGUAUGACUGAUACUCUGCUCUCAUCCCCCUAAUCAUCCCAAACCUGGAGCAAAUAUCCCCCUAACUUAUACCCACAGGCGCCUAUUGCAAGGAUAUUGGUUCAAGCCUACAAUAUGACAAACCCGACUCAAGCACCAAGCGAAACCGCCGCAAAGCCGCCGGGUGUAUCGCAUCAGGCGGCAACCGCUGCUCGGUUAAACAGGGCCACGCUUCCGGCUUCCAGUGCGACGAGUACCCGUUCGCAUCAUCCAUGCCCACCGGUGGCUCCAGCACGCGUCUCAACCGCUGCGUUCCGGCUGCCCAGAACCGUAAGCAAGGCGGUAUCAUCAGCGCUUAUUACAAGAGUAGCUACUGCAUGGGCAACAACGGCGGCAAGUGCAACUUCAAUGUCGAGUUUUCCAACGCCGGCGACAUCGAUUAUUGUGAAAUGGAGAACUGCGAUGCUGAUGACGACAACGAGGUUAUCGGACCCGGCGGCACCGCCAACGACGGCGACUCGGCCGAGGACGGGACGGACGAUGAUCCCGAUGCUGGCCAGAAGAGGAAGAUGAAAAGGCGUAAUGGCCUGGGUAAGAGGAAGCCUGGCGCCCCGGUAUACCGUACUAGCUCGGGCCUGGAACUAGACCUGCCAGGGGGUGCUCAGAUUGGACAGCGAGCUUUUGUUGUCUUGCCGCGUAACGUGACAUUGUGGGAGGAGCAGGCUCAGUUCGGAAACCCUAACCUACCUCUCGCCCUUCAUGGUGACGAGGAUGAGGAGGACGAUGAUUACGACUAUAUGUUCGCGAACUUGGAUUUGAGGGAGGACACAAUUAUCGAGGAAAUCGUCCCGCGGGUCUAAGGCCCAGAAAAGGGGUGGCAUAUUAGCGGAGAGAGGAGAAGGAGAGCGGUACUCUUUAUCUCUCUCUCAAGUUCUCCGCCUUGUUCCAUUUAGUUUUGGAUAAAGCGAUGAAAUUUUGGUGAAAAAGGCCAUUGGGUAUCCUAACAGAUAUCUUGGAAAUAGUCUCAAUAUAUUACCAGCGCGCAAACUAAGCAAAUCGCAAGGGUCCCGGGCCACCACGUCACGGGCCACCCCGCC